UUGACGAGAAGGCUGUGAAUUCAAUCAUAGUUUUCAAGUAAAAAUGUUUAAACCUUUCACAAUAUUAUACUUCAUUUUAAUAAAGUUACAAUGCGGCUUAGCAUAUACGUUGCCAUCUAAUAAAUUUGUUUGUAAAAAAGAUAUAUCAGAACAUUGCCGCCGUCGCGUUGUCCCUUCAAUGUUUUUGGCGAGUCAGGUUAUUGGGGCAAACGCGAAGAUACUGCAUUUUUCUCCGCUAGAUUUACCUUAUAGCUGUUUUAUAAGUGUAAGAACAGAAGUGGAUAACGAUAUUAUUCUCGUCAUAGAAAUUUUAUCGACUGAGAGUCUCCUUAGAUCUUGUUCAGGAAGUAGAAGUCAGCUGCUUGUAUACGACGUUGAUGAAAAUUUCGGUGGUUACUGGGGUGACGUUCCGGAAACGUUGAUAAAGCGAAAGAAAGAUAACACGAUUCGUUAUUAUUCACUUAAAACUACCGAUGCGACUGAUUCCACUGACGAUGAUACCGGAUCGAACGAUGAUAACGUUAAAAAUGAAAAUAGCGAACAAAAUAAAAACUCGAUACAAAACAAUGAUCAUAAAGAUUACAUUACAGUCGAAGUGCCAAUAGUUAAUAUUUCUGGCGUUGUUAUAUCAGGAGACAGUAAAGACUCGAUGAGAAAUCGUUUCGAUAUUAUCAAUUUACUCGAUGUUUUGUAUGACGUAGCACCUCGACCAGAAAAAGCUUACGAAACAAGCUUAAUUCCAUUAGUUCAGUUUUCUGUCGCGAAUGCAACAGAAGCAGCUGAAUUUUCUGUAUCUAAAUCACAACAAAAUGUGUUUACACCAGAUAAGAGAUUGAUGAACAAUUACAAAGAACUAAUAUCUACAAAACGAAGAAAUAAAUACAAAAAACUUAAGAACAAUUCAAAUAAAUUAUUACAUUUUGGAAAUAUGCAUAGAACAUUAUUUGGAACUUUACAAACUCGACCUUUCUCCGAAAGACAAAAGUUCAAUGAAUUAAAAUAUUUUAUUACUAAACCAAGGAUAUUGAAAACAAAAACCAAAUUGUCUUCAGUAACUUCCAUCCUCUCACCUCUAAAGGCAAAAUCUAAUCUGAGCAGUACAAACUCGUGGAGGCUUAUCGAGCAUCUGAUGAGUGUCCUAAAGAACGACUCGAGCAAUAAAAGCGAACAACAUAAAAUGUCGUUCAUGAAAGAUUGGAAUAGUCUUAACUUGGAUAAUAACAAAAGCGUAUAUCUAUUGCCAAAUUUGUCUUUAUAUAAUACGGUUAAAAUUAUUCCAAACCUGCAAGUUGUAACGACGCUUCCUAUAGCGACUUACAUCGAUUCCAAGUUUCUUAGCCAAACAGAAAAAACUAUUUCAUUGCAAUUCACUAAGCCUAUGCCCCCAAUGAAUAAAACUGAAAUAUACAACAGCGUUUUAAAUCGAGAAUCUAGUUUUGAAAAUAUGGAAACCACGUCGGCUUACUCUUCAGAAAUAUAUGUUCCUGAUAUCGAAGACGACACGGGUGAACUAAAAUAUUUUUUAUUAUCAAAAGAAAAGUUGAAAAAUUCCCUAACAAGCAUCAUUUUCAUUUCAGACAUCGAAUCAAAUUCAUCAUCGAAUGAUUCUUUAUUCAAUCAUACCGGAUAUAAAAGUACAAAACCAGCGGUAGGAUCACUUGUUGAUCAUAAAUCAUGGGAAAAUUUAGUACAAGUUGCUCCUGCCAUAGCCGAUGUAUUAAACCAGACAAAUCAGAUUAAUACUACAGUACCUUCUAUAUUAAAGCGUGAUAGAAGAUUUAUAAAGCUAAUCGAUGUGGAAAAUGCUCGUCCGUACGUUAUAAAAGAGAAGACUGUCGAUGUUGAAUUAACGAACAUGUCCAAUGAAGAUUCAUACGACACGCAAAGUAAUCAGGGAUAUUUGGAAAUAGCAGAUGUUGAGAACUCUGGCCGUUUGGCUUUACGCCAACUAAGCCACUCUUUGGGUGCACUAAAGCUAAACAUAUGUGAUAGUAGCGAAUCGACGUCUAAGUUAAUCUAUUUGUUUAAUUCAUCGAAAAUCGUCAUUGCCAUAGAUAAUUUCACGAUGGACUAUAUGACGCUAGUGUUAACUCCUGCCCGUGCUUUAUCAGAUAUGAAUUCAAGGUGUUCCAAUACACAAAUGGAAUGUCAUGUUUAUGGUACCCGAAUAUGCAUAGAUACAAGUUCUAUGUGUGAUGGAGUGCCGAAUUGUGGUUCUUAUGACAUUUACGAUGAAGAUCGUUUGUUGUGUCGAUCAACUGGUUUUGAACAUAAUAUGUAUCUUGCUUCAUUUACUUUACUGGCAGUUUUAUUUACGGCAUUGUACAUUGUACAGUAUUGGAUCAAGAAAUGUGUACCUAGUGUUUCUGAGGCCUUUUUUGUGUACUCGAACGGCGAAGAAAACAUGUUAUUACUGAAAAGUGUAAUGCGAUCUCCUAAUGAAAUCGACAAUGAUUCCAAACUGGUAUAUCUUGGUCAUCCAGAAGAUGAUUUAAUGUAUGAUGGUGAUCAAGAUGGAAACAAAAAGAAAAAAUCUUGUAUUAGAUUGUUAAUUGACUUUUUUUGCUGUAAAUAUCUCCGACAUAAAUUUAAAUCGAUAGAAAAUAGUGAUAUCAUGGUGUCCGGUCUAUCAAACGACAACAUGAAAGCGAAGAAAAGGUUUUCUUUUACCGAGUUUGAGAUACGAAAGAUGUUAGGAAUUCCAUCAGUUAAUACCGGAGUCCAAACGGAAAAUGGCAUUGCAUUGAAAGAUUUUCAGAACACUCAAUUUAAGAAAAAUGAUUUGAAGUCUCUAGAAUGUUCAGUUUCAGAAAAUUUGGUACUGUCGGAUGAAUAUUCAUUUUUAGACCCAGAUAAUUUUAAUUGCCAAGUUAAUGAUGAAGAAUUAAAUGUUUUAAAAUUCUUUCAAGCGUCAAAGCCUUCAACGUCGAAGGCUCAUUCAGUCAGUUCAGUAAACAUAAAUUCAAAAUUCAAAAAAGUACUUGAAGAAGCCGAACUUAAAUGUUAUGAGUAUGACAAUUUAAAUCAAUCCUUGAAUGACAACAGUCCCACUUCUAGCUCCUUUUUAUCAAAUGCUCAAGUACACGAAGGUAGUUCGGAGCGAAGAAGUAAACAUUUACGUUUUCAAGAUAGUCUGUCAAUUAUAUCAGAAUCGACAGGGCUUGAUGAAAACAAAAUUAGGCGUCAACAUAAACUGGAGAGAUCGAAGCGUCUAAGCGAUUUGGAAACAAUUCAAGAAAAUAAUGAAUCAAACGAGAACAAAGACAAAACAUAUUUCUGGAAAACAAAGUCGAAGAAGAAAAGGCGUGACUGAAUUCUAUACUAUUUAUUAUAUUACCAUUAUUAUUGUAUCAACUUUUGCUGCAUUAAGUUUUAAUGUUACAAAUUCAGAAAUAAAGACGGACAUCGUAUGUCACAAUCGCA